AAAAAAAACAUAAAUAAAAAUAAUUACCCUUAUCUGCAGUCACAAUCUUUAGUAAAGACAGAGGCUUAUUUACUGUAUGUAAUCCACACACUGCUCUUUGCUCCAUUUAAGUCUGAACCCAAAACAGUAAAGCUUAAUAUGAGUCAUUCUGUUGACCCAUUCACCGCCCAUUUGGAAAAACAGCUUAACCUAUAUGUAUUCGUAACUAUAGUGUUUUUAUGUUUUAAAACAUCCUUUUACACAUUUACAUUUUGUAUGACUGUUUUUGCUAUCAUGCAACACUUUAAAACUAGGUUAAGGAAAUACAAAAUAAGAGAUUGAGAACAGGCACACUUCAAAGCUUUGUCAACAGUCUUUUUAAGAUGCUUCCUGGUCCCCAUUGUUGUCUGAUAUACAAUAGAGGAUGCUGAGAGGCAAUGUUUGCUGCACUGCAUGUGUUCUUUCAAUUCCUUUCUAAAUAAUGAAACCGCAUCACUUCUGCCUACCAAACUUCGCCCUCCAUUGGUCAAACAAGACUUCUAACUGUGACUGGGGAGGUGUGGUUUCAACUGGCUUGACCAGAUUUCCCUGGAGUCUCUCUGUGUGUGUCCGUGUGUUUUGUUUUGUUUUUUCAUAGGCAUAACUGACACCAUUGGAGCAGAGGGAACACUCGCACUAGGACAUACUUGUGUCUCUGAGAGCCGAAAACGAUGAAAUCCAAGGACUUACUGAAUUAUCAGGUCCAGCUUAGAUCUUACUAAUCCAUGGCAGAGGAAAGGCUUGAGUAAAAUUCCUGGCAAUAUAAUGAAGCCACAUUCAGCACUCAAUGGAUUAAAGGCAAUAAGAGGUUAUGAAAAGGAAAGGAGCAUUUUACUCACAGACAACACUCAAAUCUAAAAUCAAGUUUUCACCUGAUCCACAUCAGGUGUACAUCAUAUUGUGCAGUCAUGAAGGACCGCAUGGAGGAGCUGCGUCAGCAGAUGAAGGCUAGCGAGAAGCUAGUGGACAGCAAACCCUUCAAUAAGGAAGAAGACGAGGACAUGGACCCGUCCUCACUGAUAGGCCUGCAGGCUGUGAUCUUCGAGGCAGAGCCUGUCCUGGAAAUCUUUCUAAAGGACGCUCAGGGCAUUCGUGACAGCAUCGAGGAGCUGAACUCUGAAGUCAGUAAGUUUAACGAGCAGCAGAAGAACUUCGUGGCCACCAUGAGGCGCCUCAGCAUCAUGAAAAAGGAAAGUAACAUGACUCGAGACAUCAAGCUUUUGGCUGAGAGUCUGCAUAAAAGGUUAGAUGCUCUUUCCAAGCAGGCUAAGCAAACCGAGGCCGAGCUGGGCCCAAACGCCACCACAUCCCGUAUCCAGAAGAUCCAGCACGCAGCUCUCUUCCUCCAAUUCCAUCAAGUAAUGCGUCAACACAAUGACGCAAUCUUAAGCAAGCAGGAAAAAUGCAAGCAGUUUAUCAUCCGACAGCUUGAGGUAUCAGGACGCGAAGUGUCUGAAGAGGAGGUGGACAACAUGAUAGAGCAAGGAAAGUGGGAGAUCUUCAACGAGAACAUCAUAGUAGAUGCUAAGAUCACUCGAACCCAGCUCUCGGAGAUCGAGCAACGCCAUAAAGAGCUUCUAAAUCUGGAAAGCAACAUGAAGGACCUGAGAGAUCUCUUUCUAGAUGUGUUCAUGCUGGUGGAAGAGCAAGGUCACCAGAUUCAGAACAUACAAGCCAAUGUGGAGAAGACGCAAGAUUAUGUGUCGGUCACGAAGGAGAAGUUCAAAAGAGCUGCGAGAUAUAAGAAGAACAACCCGCUUAGAAGACUGUGCUGUUGUUGCUGUCCUUGGUUUAGAUAGCAGAGCAAGGCUGGCAGGAUAAAAUGUGGGAAAGCUUGUUAUUUACUGCAUUCCCAAGGGAAGAACUGAUGGCCGAAUACACUACAUGAAGACAUUGACCUCUGUCUGAUGAAGAUAAAGAGCAAGGGCACAAAGCACUUUUAAAAACAUUGAAACAGGAAGGCGUUACAGUUGGGUGUUGACAUGCAAUACAAGUAGUCAUAUGAAGAUUUUCUAAGAGAUUGGAAUGUUUUGUUACAUCACAAAUGUUAUUUAAGAUCUAAUGAAGGGUAAAUUAAACAGAAAAUUCACCCUAAAAUGAUCACUUAUUCAGUCUCAAAUGGUUUCAGACCUUUAUAAGUUUCUUUAUUAACACUACAGAAGAUAUUUUGAAGCUGAAAACCUGUAACCAUUGACUUUCAGAGUCAAAACUAAAACUAUGGAAGU